AUGGAAGCCGUCGGCGGCCACGCUCAGACAAAAGCCGGGUAUAUUAAGAUCCGGCGGACCUGCGAACAAGCACUCCGUCAUCAUCUGAACUAUGUCUGGGUCGACACAUGUUGUAUCGAUAAAACCAGCAGCGCCGAGCUGUCCGAGGCCAUCAACUCUAUGUUCACCUGGUAUCGUAGAGCUGAUAUCUGCUAUGCAUUCUUAGAGGAUGUGUCGCCAAGCACUGACCCGCACGAUCCCGGCGGGGAGUUCAUUCACAGCGAGUGGUUUACGCGAGGCUGGACUCUGCAGGAACUUCUGGCGCCUUCCUGCUUGGUGUUCUACGCGUCCGACUGGUCUCCAAUCGCUUGGCGGGAUGGGCUGAUCCUAAGCAUCGCGACUGCGACGGGGAUCGACAAGGAUACAAUGCAGCAGAUCGACCGUGACGGGUUGGAGGUGCUCAGGUGCAUUAGCAUUGCAGAGCGUAUGAGCUGGGCGGCAAACAGACGAACCACCCGGGUUGAGGAUAUCGCGUACUGUCUGUUGGGGAUAUUUGGAGUUAACAUGCCCCUGCUAUACGGCGAGGGCGCGCGGGCCUUUCGAAGGCUUCAAGAGGAGAUAAUCAAGCGCUCCGCCGAUCAGUCGAUAUUCGCAUGGGGCCGUGAUGCGACGAGAUCUAAGGCCCUUGGGAUCUUUGCUGUAUCUCCUGCUUGUUUUGCAGGGUGUGGCGAUAUCAUCCAGUGCAAUGCGCAAGCUACUUCUAGUGCUGCGUUUUCGCUCACAAAUGUCGGAGUCCAAAUCCAACUUCCGCUUGCAUGGUUGUAUAAUGAAGAACCACUAAGAUACUACGCCCUCCUACAGUGCCGUCCGAGGCACCUCCACGACAUAGUGUUGGCGGUGCCUAUCAAGAAAGGGGCUAGUGACGCCUAUUCUGGGUCAGGAAUUUGGUACAGGACGUCGUCGGACAUAAAGCUACUUCAUCACAGCAUACGUCACUCAGCAUCUCUGCGGUUUCUAUGCCUCGCUUCUCGCACCGACCAAAUCCCAUUGCCACAGGCACAGGAUCUAGUAUUUUGGAUCCGUUCAAUUCCCAAGGACUUUGAUAUCGAGAGCCUGCAAACUUCCUGCAAGUGGGAUAAGAGGUCGAGAAUCCUUACCACACAACGGUGGGCGACUGGCGGCAACACAUGCAAUCUGGUCGAUACUCCGUUCUAUCUGUCGACCGGCACCAAACGCCGUUUUCUAGGUAUACAGCUGAGAGUCAAACCACCAUACAAAUUUUUUUCAUGGUCAAUGCCUUCAUGGGCAGACUGUCGGGCUUAUCCGCUUUCUCCGGCGCAGUUAGAAGAUUGGUUGAAAGAUCCGACGACUCUGCAUGAUGGCACAUGGUACGCAACUAUACCCCAUGGCAAUAUUGUGUAUCCCACAGUGACAAGUGAAACCAUCCAUGCUGAAAUUCCCAGCGGAUACAUGGGUAUAUCUCCGCGACCUCAUGAAACUCUUGGUGGUGCAUGGUCUCCUUAUCUGGGGGUCCACACGCGUCGUGGCACAUGA